UGGAUACACAAUUCCCCCUUUCGCCUCCGCAUGCUCCAUCCAUAUUUAAGUCCCGCAGGCCCCUGGAGCUCCCACUCCACCUCCGCUCCGCAGCGACCAGCGAGAGAGAUAGGGGGGAAAUCUCAACCACCAGCAGGUUGAUUGAUUCGCACACGAAACCAAUCGCAGUCAAGUAUCGUCCCACGAAGAGGGUUCUUUGAGAUUGGUCCUUGGGAAACCAAUCGCAGUCAAGUAAUAAUCGAAGUUGGUCCUUGGGAUCUCCAAUUCCAACUCCAACCGAUUUCUUCUUGGAUUGCUGCGUCUCUUGCUCUGCUCGAGAUGCUGUCUCUGAGCUGCCCCGGGGUGUCCGUGAGCAAGAAGGCGUUUGAUUUGGGGAAGCUGGCAUCCUGCCGCUGCAGCUGGCCAGUCACGCGCGCGGCAGCGGCGCCGAGGCGGCGGCGCACGCCAUGUGUUUGCUUCGUUGCCUUACCCGCCACCCAGCCUGGCCUUGCUGCAGUUGGCGUGCCCCCGCAGACAAUUCCUACUGCGACGGCAGCGAGCGUCCCUGAGCGCAUUUCUGUUUCAUCGCUGCUGGAGGUCGUCUCGGACGACCUGCUGAACCUCAACAACAAUCUCAAAUCGCUUGUUGGUGCAGAAAAUCCAGUUUUAGUUUCUGCAGCGGAACAAAUUUUUGGUGCUGGUGGAAAGAGAUUAAGACCAGCUUUAGUUUUUCUGGUGUCCAGAGCAACUGCUGAAUUAGCUGCUUUGUCGGAGCUAACUACAGAACAUCAGCGCUUGGCAGAGAUAAUAGAGAUGAUUCAUACUGCAAGUUUAAUACAUGACGAUGUCAUAGAUGAUAGUGGGAUGCGAAGAGGAAAAGAGACGAUCCAUCAGCUCUAUGGCACACGGGUGGCUGUGCUUGCCGGUGAUUUUAUGUUUGCGCAGUCUUCUUGGUUUCUUGCAAACCUAGAAAACAUUGAAGUUAUCAAGCUCAUCAGCCAGGUAAUCAAGGAUUUUGCCAGUGGUGAGAUAAAACAAGCAUCCACUCUUUUCGACUGUGACGUCACCCUUGAUGAUUAUCUGCUCAAGAGCUAUUAUAAAACCGCUUCCCUGAUCGCAGCAAGCACAAGGUCUGCCGCCAUAUUCAGCGGUGUCGGCACCACUAUAUGUGAACAGAUGUAUGAAUACGGCAGGAAUCUUGGGCUCUCCUUCCAGGUAGUGGAUGACAUUCUUGAUUUCACCCAAUCAGCUGAGCAACUCGGCAAACCAGCAGGCAGCGAUCUGGCCAAGGGAAACCUGACAGCCCCAGUCAUUUUCGCUCUCCAAGAAGAGCCACGAUUACGGGAGAUAAUCGAUUCUGAGUUCAGCGAACCUGGCUCCCUUGGCACAGCAAUGGAGCUGGUUCGCCGGAGCGGCGGGAUCAGAAGGGCCCAGGAGCUCGCGAAGGAGAAAGGCGACCUGGCCAUACAGAACCUGCAGUGCCUUCCGAGGAGCAAGUUCAGAAGCACCCUUGAGAAGGUUGUUCAAUACAAUCUCCAGAGGAUUGAGUCGGGGAUGCAGCAGGAGCAGCGGAAGAAGAGUUCUGCAGAGGCCGAGUUCUUCACCGAGUAUGGAGAUGCAAACCGGUACAAGAUCCAAGAAGUCAUUGGUAAAGGAAGCUAUGGGGUUGUGUGCUCGGCCAUUGAUCUGCACACUCGACAGAGAGUGGCCAUAAAGAAGAUACACAACAUAUUUGGGCACGUCUCGGAUGCCGCAAGGAUCCUUCGGGAGAUCAAACUUCUCAGACUCCUAAGGCAUCCUGACAUUGUUGAGAUCAAGCACAUUAUGUUACCUCCCUCGAGAAAGGACUUCAAGGAUAUUUAUGUUGUUUUCGAACUUAUGGAGUCUGAUCUCCACCAAGUUAUAAAGGCUAACGAUGACUUGACGAAGGAGCAUUACCAAUUCUUUCUCUAUCAACUACUCCGGGCCCUCAAAUACAUUCAUACUGCUAAUGUUUAUCAUCGUGACCUGAAGCCCAAGAAUAUCUUAGCGAACUCUAACUGCAAACUGAAAAUAUGUGACUUUGGACUAGCACGAGUUGCAUUCAACGAUACCCCAACAACAGUAUUCUGGACGGAUUAUGUUGCAACAAGAUGGUACAGAGCUCCUGAGCUUUGUGGAUCCUUCUUCUCCAAGUAUACACCAGCUAUUGAUAUUUGGAGCAUUGGAUGCAUCUUCGCUGAGGUGUUGACAGGGAAGCCAUUAUUUCCUGGUAAAAAUGUUGUCCAUCAGUUAGACUUGAUGACCGAUCUUCUAGGCACUCCAUCAAUGGAUACAAUUUCUCGGGUUCGGAAUGAGAAAGCAAGAAGGUACUUGAGCAGCAUGAGAAAGAAAGACCCAGUUCCAUUUUCUCAGAAGUUUCCCAAUGCAGAUCCUUUGGCACUUAAACUAUUGGAAAAGCUAUUAGCGUUUGACCCAAAGGACCGUCCAACUGCAGAAGAGGCAUUGCGUGAUCCAUACUUCAAAGGUCUUUCCAGGGUUGAAAGAGAGCCAUCCUGUCAACCAAUCAAAAAAGUGGAAUUUGACUUUGAGCACAAAAGAAUGUCAAAGGAAGAGAUAAGGGAGUUGAUAUUCCGCGAGAUACUGGAAUAUCACCCGCAGUUGCUGAAUAGCUACAUAAACGGCACAGAGAGGACAACCUUUCUCUACCCAAGUGCUGUUGAUCAAUUUAAGAAGCACUUUUCUCAUCUUGAAGAAAGCGGUGGUAAUGGCCCAUCAGUUCCAAUGGAUAGAAAACAUGCAUCCCUUCCCAGGACUACCGUUGUUCACUCGAAUCCAAUUCCUGCCAAGGAACAACCUCUUGCUGCCUCAUCGAGGGUUAGACCAGUCUCUGAUGAUUCAUGCAAGAAUCCUUGGGAGAAAGAAAGAGGUCCUGGAAAUGUUCCCAGGGCAUCUCUGCCCCCACAAGGGCUGCAAGCACAAGCAGCAGGACCAGGAAGAGUUAAUGGCUCAGUGAUGAAUUCAGGGUAUACUUCCCAUCAGCAAAUCCCACAAGCGUACGGUUACCAUCAAAUACCUGCAAGAUUGGACAGUACCAACCAAUCACAAGCCAUGGGUGGUUAUACACUGCAUUCGCAGGCCCAUGCUUGUGCAAACACUAAAGGCACGGCUGAUGUUGCUGUAAACAUGAGAGCGCCCCCGUUCCAUGUUCCAGCUGGCCCCAAGAAUAACCCGCUAGAUAGAAUAGCAUCAGGGACUGACAUAUACACGAGAUCUCUUAACGGCAUUGUUGCUGCCGCAGCAGCAUCAGUUGGCACUGGUACUGGUACUCACAGAAAUGUUGGUGUUGUGCCCUCCGGCAUGUCAAGGAUGUAUUAGCUUGCUGCAGUGGUUGCACAUCUUAGCUAUAUGGUCACAGCUUCAUCAGGACUAGCCUGGAAGAAGUGGCAUAUGAUAUAAGCAAUUCAUAAGAGGUGACCCCAAGAGUGUUGGGCUCCUGGCCUCUUUUCCCCGUUGUUUGUACGCCGUCUAUUCAGGCGGAAAAUGGUGCUCAUUUGUGCACAACUGAAGUAUCGAUUAAUUGAUUUUUUUAAUGGAAAAUACUA